AUGCUCAUUAACACUUUCUUAAAACUCCUUGCCUUCAGCCCUGCUGUGCUCGUAGCCAUUGAGCCUCGAGAAAGUCACGGCUGGUGCUGCUGCUACCGAAAGGGAUCUGGUGUCCAGAACCUCGAUAUCGGCCUGACCAGCAAUGUCUGUAGCAACUUCGUCACCUCGGUUGGAUUCGACCAGGAUGACCAUAAAUGUUAUACCACUUCAGGCCACAGCGACAUUGAUGGAGAUACCUGGGAGAACCACUGCAAGGAUUACGCUAGCAAGGGAUAUUGGUAUGAAGGCAUUUACUACCAAUGGGAUCGUAACGAUGUCAAGGGCAAAUGCUCUUAA